AUGGGAUUUUUUAAUUUGCCUAUAGAUAGUGAUAAAAAGUAUCAAGAUAAUAAGAAGAGACAGAUGGAGCUGGACAAACGCUUAGCCCUAAGGAUAAGUUGGAACUUAUGGGGCUUAUAUGUAUGUGUAUCUGGAUUGGUGGAAUCAAUUUUGUUACCAUUACCUCCGCACUUGAUUAAAGGUGGUGAUUGGCAAUUUUUGACAAAUACUUCACUAUUGGUGACAUGUUUAUGUAUGAUUUGUAUCACUUGUACCAGCGUAGUGAAAGUGCUUCGAAUUAAGUAUGGGAAAUUUGAAGAAUAUGUUAAAAAUCUUGAAAAUUUGUGUUGCAAUUUAGAGUUCAUUGUAACGGUCACUUAUUGGUCAAUAAUUUUGUUCUGCCCUGAUAUGCUUAAUGGUAAAUCCUUCGAUGUUUCAUGGAUAUUAGACUUAAAAAUUCAUUUAUUCCCGUAUAUAUUUUUACUUAUAGAUGUACUUUUGAUAAGAAAUAAUCAAGAUAUGAAUUCUACUGACUUCGCAGCCACGUUUGGCUUCUCGGUGAUAUUUUUGGGGCUAUAUUGGUCGUUGAUAGAAAUAAAUACGUCUGUCUUAAACAAGGAUGGACUCACCAAAUUUCCGUAUCCUUUCUUGAAUGAUAGUGACUUUUUACAUAGGACUGCUUGGUUGUUUGUGUUUAUUGGGCUUGGUUUGAUAAACCAUGUUAUUCUUUAUCAUUCAAUAAGGGUCACAGCAAAUACCAAGCGUCACUUAGAUUGA